AUGCAGGUUUACAGUGGCUUUCCAGCGCAUUUCAUUUGUGCAGCCCAUUAAAAAAUCUUCAGGAUGCUGUUUUGUUGAAAAACUGGCUGAGUACAAUGUGGGUGAAUUUGGCUAUGGUGAACUACCCCUAUAAAGCUGAUUUCUUACAGCCUCUGCCAGCAUGGCCCAUACAGGAGGUCUGCAAGUUCUUGAAGGAUCCCACUCUCCCCGAUAAAUUAUUGCUGCAGAAUAUUUUUCAGGCAGUGAAUUUGUACUACAAUUAUUCGGGAGAAGCCUCUUGCUUAGACAUGUCCAAGACUGCAACGAAGAAUCUGGGCCAGUUGGGUUGGUACUAUCAGGCUUGCACUGAGAUGGUGAUGCCCAUGUGCACAGAUGGUGUCAAUGACAUGUUCGAGCCUCAGAAAUGGGACUUCGAUGCACUGUCCGAAGAGUGUUACAGGCUGUGGGGAGUGAGGCCUCGCCCCUCGUGGAUCCUUUCCAUGUUUGGAGGGAAAAACAUCAGUUCACACAGCAACAUCAUCUUCAGCAAUGGUGGCCUGGACCCAUGGUCUGCAGGUGGGGUGACCCACAACAUCACUGAUUCGCUGGUGGCGAUCGUGAUCCCGGAUGGAGCCCAUCACCUGGACCUACGCAGCCGCAACCCUUUGGACCCCAAAUCUGUGCAGCAAGCUCGAGCCCUGGAAAUCUGCUACAUGAAGCAGUGGAUUGAAAAGGCCAGGUACAACAACUGAGGUGGUACUGCAACAACCGUGGCUGUUGUACCUCCAUUGGCAUUGCCAGGAGCAGGGCCAGGCCU